AUGCAUGUUCCCCGACUGAUGGUCGAAAGAGUUCCCGUCGAACCAAUCGUUGGAAACUCCAAGCCUAUGACGGAAGUUCCGGAAUUUUUGACACCGACUUCCGAGCACCGAGCCCGCAAAAAUGGUAGAGCCCAAGUUACUCAAGUGUUCGUUACAAACAUUACCCUGCUGGAUACUGUGUCAUCACCCCGACACGAAGAGGAGCACAUUCGUCUACAGCAUCGCCUGCAGCGUUCCCGCGGUAAAUGGGAUUCAGUCCAUCCUCGACAGCGGCUGUUAACAGCGCUGCAUGGAUUCACUAAGUACAAGGAGAGGAAUUUGGUGGAGACGAAGCGAUGGAGGGACUUAUAUAAACAAGUCUCUAAGCGACAGCGAUCGUUGGUCGAAUCAACGGUCCACUACACGCGGAAACUCAACGCUGUUGAACAUCUCCUUGAAAUAAAUGAGCAACUAGCAAAGGCAAUUGUCACCCAAGGCCUACAGUUUUAUAACGUCUCUCGGUCAGAGUUGGAUGAAUUCAUCCGCCAACAAGAACAAGAAGGCCAGGCCACCGACAGGACCAGCGUAUCGCAGGCAAUGAAACAUUUUGUCCGCGACUGGGCAGAAGAGGGUUCCGAAGAGAGACAGGAGGCAUUCCCGUGUGUUCUAAGCACUCUGGAACGCAUCCCUCGAACGAGCGAGCAGCCGCUGCGAGUGCUAGUUCCUGGUGCCGGGGUUGGAAGACUGGCGCAUGAGAUUGAUGGGCUUAGGGGCUUUGAGGUCACCAUGAAUGAAUGGUCCGCUUAUAUGAACCUAGUAUACAGAUAUAUGUCCAGCAUUUCCACUCCAAACAGUGAGGCUUUCCACCCGUACAUCGACUGGUGGUCGCAUCAUGCCACGACAAGAGAUCUCCAGCGCUCUGUGGCAUUUCCCGAUCGGGUGAUUGAUCCAUCGUCGGUUCUGCUUGUGGAAGGUGAUUUUACUACGGUGUUUGCGGAGGAUACUGGAAAAUAUGACAUGAUUGUCACGCUGUUUUUUAUUGAUACUGCGCGCAAUUUGGUCUCUUACUUCGAGACCAUCCACCAACUACUCCGUCCAGGAGGUCGAUGGAUUAAUCUGGGGCCGUUGCUGUAUGGCUCAGCGCCGUUUCUUCAGCUAUCACUGGACGAGAUAAUAGCCCUGAGCGAGAAGAUUGGGUUUCAAUUUGAAGAAACAGACCCAUCCUGCGGAGAUAUUACCCUCACUGACAGCCCAGUGAGAGGACUGGAAGUGGCAUACGGCCGCAAUGGGAGAGGAUUAAGUAAGAACGCAUACCAGGCACAGUUCUGGCAGGCCACAAAGCUUUAG